AUGUCCAAAUCAGAAAUCGCAGCCGCCAUGGACGAUCUACUGGCAAUUCCUAUGCGACCAGUGGUGCCGACCGCUUUACGAUCACCGCCAAUCAGAAUCAAGUACUCACCAAACCGUCUCCAAGAGCUAACUGCGUUGAUGAGCCGUGCUACCUCUAUCCGAAUACCCUUACCAAUGCUUGGUGUGCCGCACAUUGACGACCUCUCUGACAAGCAGCGCGUCAAGCGUACCAAAUUCGAGACUCUUUUCCUCGAGUGCUUGUCAAGAGACUCUAUCUGUUCUACCAAGCUCAAAAUGGAACACAACAAAUCUGGAAGCGCGAAGACCGACUUGCGACCAAAUCCGAAGAGUGUACGAAUGCUAACACGUCUUUUGCGACAAGAUGAUUGUACCAUGAACCCUCACCUUACAUGGAGUCGUCACGAAGUCAUGGCUGCAUUGAAGCAGCGUCAACUCUCCAUUACCGGACUGGAGACAAAGUCGAGAUUUGCAUGUCGAAUAAAUCUACAAGCCGCUGACGAACGACGCACUUUCCGCUUCAUGGACCUUCCCAAAGAAGUGCGUAUGCUGAUCUAUGAAGAUGCGGUAUUAAAAGAAGUAGACUGGGUUGUCCAGGGCUCUCCAAAACCGGCACUGUUGUCCGUGAGCAGACAAGCACAGCAGGAAGCAAGCGCUGCAUUCUUUCGUGUCAACAGAUUCCAGCUGCGUAUCUGUGGUCAAGGGUUAUCUGACAUGCCUCUGAGCCUAUCGGACCACAUACCCCCAUCAUUGGGGCUGUACAAGGCAGAGUUGCAGUGGUUCACGGUCAUGGGAGCAAAUAACCUCGCAAAAGUCCGCCACCUGUCGUUUAUCUCAAGGUUCAGUCUCACGCGCCUCGGCCAGAAGACAGAGCUAGAUCUUCUCUGCCUCAAGGCUGCUACCUGCCCUACAAUCGUGGGAACCGCGUGUUCAUGCGGCAAGGGAUGUGGGUUCAGGACUCGAUUGUAUCUAGGUGAGGAAGUUGCAUCACAGUACAAACAGCUCGAAAAUGCGAAGAGCAUCGAAUACGUUUUUAUGUCUCCAGAGAUGACACAGGAUGCAAUACGCCAGAUUGAAAGUCUAAAGAUGAGGAUUGCAAACCUUCAAGAGGCCAUGGAGGAGUUUGGUAGAUUGUGUGGUACGCACAAGCGUGUCAAGCCUUCGGCCGAAGGUCUUGUGCUUCUAGCACGCGCGGUGUAUCUCGAGUGUAGCGACUGA